AUGAGUUGGCUUCUUCGAUUUCUCGCUGUAUGGCUGCUUCUAGCUCUUCCUACCGUCGUUGAUGCGCAGUUACCAGCUUGUAUUAGUUCCUCCUUGUCGGGGUUUACAAGUUGUGUCAAAUCUAUUGCCGAUGGUUGCCUUGACAGGUGCAUGGCUCUGAAGGACACCGUCACUGAAAAUCCUUUUGAAAGUCUUGAUAUACCGGCGCUUGCAACCUGUACGGGAUUCCAAACACAGAUUAUGGAUCCUGUUUGCCCUCUUGCUGGUUGCUGCUCAGAAUGCAUCCCCAAGCUUCUAGAGUUCAUGACUUGCAUCGUGCAAGAAGCCUAUCAAGUGACGCCCUUUCCAUGCGAGUUGACCUGUUCCGCAAGAAGGCUGCGUGAGCAUAUUAUUCACGACGGCGGAAAUGCUCUAGCGUUUUCUGAAACGAUCUCUCGCAGACUACUAGUUGACGAGCCAAGUGAUAGUACGCUCAUGGAUGACUGUGGAUAUCACUUGGAUCCGACUGGUACAGGUGCGGUACCCUCCGCUUCAGAGAUGGCAGAGAUUAUAGGAAAAGGAGACAUGUUUGUAUGUCUUGGCACAGCAGCAUUGACAGUCGCUAAUAAACAGGUUGGAUACAACGACUACAAAAAGAAGACAACAGUUAAUAUGGACUGGGGGAUUCCGGAGGUGGGCCUGGCUUUGGGCACAGCUAUUGGUAUUGCGCUUUUUGCCAUUGGCCUGUGCGGAGUCUGUUGUGCUGCUUUUUGCUACAGACGGUCGGAUGGUAGUCGAUCCCGAUCAUCGAAGAAGCCCUCAAAGGAAAUCGACGAUCAUGACGACUCCGAGUAG